AUGCAAACUGAAAGUGGGCAUGGCUUAAUAGUCUGUUCUAUGAGUAUCAUACCGAGAGAGUAUGAAGCUCAUACAAUCGUAGUAUGUUUGUAUUACAUACCUUUGGCGUAUGGACUUCUUACUGCGAAACUAGGAAUGUCAUACAAUACAAUGACGCUUGAAAAUAGUAACAUUAAUGAAGAUAAUGUAAAUACAGAAAUUGAAAAAAUAACAGAAAAUAUUCAAGACAAUGUAGAUCAAUCUGAAACAAUUCUUCAACCCCAAGAAGAUGUUAUUGCAAUUGAAAGAAACGACAAUCAAAUUCAAAAUAUGUUACGCGAUUUUUUGGAAGCUUCCACAUCGGGUGUGCCAACAGUGAGAAUAGAAGACACUGACAUUCAAAGGAUUGCCACGGAAAUGACAUAUUAUAUUCUAAGUGAUAAAUACUUCCUCAACAUGAAUCUUCCAAAUGCAGAAUUAAUUGCCAUUUUAAAUCAACGUUUUGGAUUACAAAAUUUCCGGUCAAGGCAAAUAGAUAUAAUUCGUUCAGUGAUAGAAAAAAAAGAUGGAAUAUACAUUAUGGCAACUGGUGAGGGGAAAACUUUAACAUAUAUUUAUCCCAAUGUAAUGGAAAAUGUUAAAUGUGCCAUAAUAGUAAGUCCUCUAUUGGCAUUAAUUCAAGAUCAAUACAAUUAUGUUACAGGAUUAAAUUUUAAAGCAUUAAUGUUAACAACGGAAACAUAUUUAAAUGGAACAAUUUUAAGAGAUCUACUUACAACCGAAAAUGAAAUAGAUAAACCAAACUUCAUAUUCAUAACACCAGAAAAAUUAUUCACGAAUAUGAAUGUCCUAGCUGCCCUGCGUGAAGCAUAUGCUAAUGGACAAAUUUCUAGAAUUGUCCUCGACGAAAUCCAUUGUCUUAACGAUUGGGGGCUGACUUUUCGUUCUAGUUAUUUAAAUUUGAAUCGAUUAAAAAUUAUGUUUCCGGGAAUACAAAUAUCGUGCUACUCUGCAACAUUAAACAGACCAAUGGUAGAAGCAAUAAUAAAUCAAUUAUCUCUUAAUGAUCCAGACAUGUUAGUAUGA